AUGGCUAUAGGAGAACAGAAUAAUAUGCGCAUCCUCAUUGCAUUGGGUAUCAUCGGCCUAUUUGGAAUAAUUACUUUUGCUCUGGCAGCUGCUACUCUUGGCACUCUCAAUAAACGAUUGGACGAUGUCAAUCAAAAAUUAGAUGGAAUUCAACAACGGGUAGAUAAUAUUAUUAAUAACUCAUCUAGAACAACACCGCCAACUACUAUUACAACAUCAACUACCACUGCAAGAGCAGCUACCAAUACGGCAGCAGCUACCAAUACGGCAGCAGCUGUCACUACGGCAGCAGCUGUCACUACGGCAGCAGCUGUCACUACGGCAGCAGCUACCAAUACGGCAGCAGCUGUCACUACGGCAGCAGCUACCAAUACGGCAGCAGCUGUCGCUACGACAUGA